AUGAAAGUCAUGGAAGUAAAUUCGAAAUUCGAGGAUCCUCUGAGGAAGGAAUUUUAUGAGCGACGGAUCAGAGAUCUCAAAACACCGUACAUGACUGUCGAAGAAGGUCUCGAAAAAGUGAGAACUGGAAUGUUUGCUAUUCACACUGACUUAACCAUGGGCUAUGAUGUAGUAAAGAGUACUUAUGCCGAAGACGAGAAGUGUGGAUUCGAGGAAAUCGAUUAUUUUUACACGUCGGAUCCAACAUUCACGAUCAAACAGAAAUCGCCGUAUGCAGAAAUCUUCAGAGUUGGUGGGAUAUGGCUGGAGGAAACAGGUCUCGCCCAACGUUUCAUUGACAGGAUAUAUCACAAAAAGCCCACCUGCACCAAUCAGAAGAAAUUUAUCAGUGUUGGAACUAUCGACUGUUACGCCGCCUACUUGGUUAUAGCUUACGGAUUAGCUGCCUCACUGAUGAUACUUUUGUGUGAAGUGUUCUGGUUCAAAAAAUGUGAUACGAGAUCUGCUGAUGCCAAUGACGAACUAGAGGAUCAACAAUUGCCAUCUACUGCAAGUUCACCCAUAUCCAACCAAGACCACAGCUUCGAAACACUCGGAGAUGAAAUCCUAGUAAAAACAGGCGAACACCCGUAGUGCGUAAUUCAAAAAGUGAUUAUAA